UUGGCUCCCAGUCAUAGAAGGGCUGGCAGCCAUGCUGCGCACAGAGCCCGGAAAGAAGCUGGCAGCACCGUGAAGCGGUCAGCUGCCGCUGAUGUGGCGGCUCAUUGUAUUCAUAGGACUUGAGGUGGCCAAUGCUCAGGCUCCAGCGGCCUUCGAUCGACUGGGCGAUGGCAACUGCAUGACCAGUGCCAUGCUGCCAGUGCGCGGCCGUUCUCGGCGAGACAUGGAGCAUGGCGAAUGUCGGGGGGUGUGCGACACCGACAAUUGCAUCGGCUACAGCUACGCCCCCUGCGAGUGCAUCUGCACCCUACACGGAGAGCCAGAACUGUUUAGAGGGUUGCCACUGCCGGAACGAUGGAGCACAUUGAACGGUGGUGGCCUCAUCGCCAAAACCGACGAGAAGUGCGGCACCUCGUGCUACGUGCGCAAGGCGCCCUGUCCCGGCGGCACGCUGCGCUCUGCGGGCGCCUUCAUGAAUUACGACUCCUUGACCUACGGAUUGAUGCGGACGUUAGACUGUCCCUUUCCACACAAGGGCUCCGUGACGAUUUUGUGCACCUCCACUGGCAUCAAUGUCGAAAGCGGCCGCUGCUUGCGCCCCUGCGAUGAGGGUUUCGUCAGAGACGAUUUCUUCGAGGUGAAAUAUCCACCCACGCGACACGGAGAGUAUGGAUAUGGCAACUGUACUGGCGAUACGUUGGGGAACAUGACGAUCUAUUGUAGCGAUGGGGCUGCUACAUGGGUACUGGGGCAAUGUGGCAUCAAUUGCCCAGCGGGAUCGUUGAGAUCGGGCUCCGCCGUGAUCUUUUUUCCAGUGUUGCUACAUGAGGAAAGGCAUACCAUGGAGUGUCCCAGUGGAUGGAUUGGAAAUGUGGGGCUGGAAUGCAUCAACGAAGACACGUCUUUGAUCUCUGGAGGCUGUAAGAAACACUGUAGCGCUGGCUUGGUGAACGUCAGCGUUGCAUCCCCGCCAUCCACAGCCAUCAGUGGAUACCUGACACACCAGGCGUUAGAACAUGGCAAAGGAAUCCGCACCGAGUGCCUCAAUGACGAUGAUAUGCUCCAGGGCAGUUUGAUUCUUUUUUGCAACGAUGGCAAUGUGACGCCUGACUACGACUUGUCGGGUGGGCCCUGCAAACGCCAUUGUGCGCCUGGCUACAUUGGUGAAGGUAUGCGAGGCGUGAGCUACGGCAAGAUCUUGCAUGGUCAGAACCAGACCUUGCAGUGUAAUGCUGGCUAUGAUGGCUUCUUCCUGAUCAAUUGCAAUGAUGGCCAGGUCCGUCAUUUGGAAGGGCAUUGCUACAUGGAUUGCGUUGCUGGGACCAUCACGUCCAACACCAUCACUUUGCCGCACAUUGCCAUGAAGCACGGGGAGAACACGACUGUGGAAUGUCCCAUUGAAACUCACCGUGGGAACAUCACUGUGCUCUGUGACGAUGGCAAGGCCAGAAUGAUCGAGGGUUUUUGUGGAGAGAAUUGCACUGGGGGUGAGAUUCGCUCCAAUGACGCGCUGGUGCGUUAUCCUGGCAUCCCACAUGGCUUUCGAGAGAACAUCAGUUGUCCUGCACCCUGGGGUGACGUGAUCGAAUUCAGAUGCUAUGACGGAAGUACGAGAUAUGACGGUGUUUGUGGUCGCCACUGCCAGGGCGGUCGCUUGGAAAACAACGGUGCCUCGGUUUUCUACACGAAUCUCAAUCACUCAGAGGUGGGAAAUUUCAGCUGUGAGACCUUGUUCCAAAGUGAGCUAACUUUUUCCGGAGAGCUACAGUUAACCUGCCUCGAUGGACGAGUUGUGAGUAUUGGCCAAUGCUUUCCAGAUUGUUCCAGAGGUGAGAUCACCGAUCGCGUUAGCCUGGCCAAGAUCAUCGUGCCGCCCUUGAAGGCUGGCGAGUCCAUCUACACCAAUUGCGAACCGUCGCAAGCCUACGGGAUGGUGACGGUCAGCUGUCUAGAAGGCUUCCAAAGGGUCACCAGUGGAACCUGCGGGGAUCCCUGCCCUGCUGGGCCCUUUUCCAGCUUGUACACGCGGCAUACCCCAAUAGAUCUGCCUGAAGUUUGGCAUGACACUGGAAGAUGGGAGGACUGCCCCCUGGGUUUGAGUGGACGAGUCUACAUCCGCUGCGAGAACCGGGUCUUGCGCGUGCAAGAGGGGCAAUGUGGAGAGCGCUGCCCAGCACAGCAAAUCAUGAUGGCAGGUGGAAGCUUUAACAGUCCCGUGAUGGACCAUGCGGAGACCGUCCUUCAGCCGUGCUUGGAACCAUACAGCAGCUACAUCAACUUAACCUGUCACUUUGGUGAGCUCUUUGUGAGCAGCAACUGCCAGCUGGGAUGCUUCGCCGGCAGCUUCACGUUGCCCAAUGGUGCCAUGGUGUCGCAUCCAGAUUUGGUAAGCCAAGACACGCACGCGCCGGAAUGUCCACCCGGAUUUGUGGGAGAAGUCUCGGUGAUUUGCGUCAACGGCACCAUGGAACGCCACCAGGGUGCGUGCAACGGUCAUUGCCUGGCCGGCCGCUUCCGAGGACCCACGGGGUAUGUGUUGAACCAUGAGGAGAUCCUAUACAACGAGACCAGCUUGGUGUCCUGCCCCAUUGGUUACCUGGGUACUCUCGUUCUGCGCUGCUUGGGGCAGCCCAUCAUCGAUAGCGGGCAGUGCAUGAGGAACUGUGACGCAGGUGCCACGUUGGUGCGAGAAGGCAUCGUCAUGAACAACCAGGCCAUGGAUCACGACAGCUUGAGCAAUGAGAUGAAAUGUCCAAGUGGAUAUGCCGGCUCCAUCAGAUUGAAGUGUUUUGAUAGCCUUGUGACAGUCCAUUCUGGAGCGUGCUACGAGCACUGCGGCAGUGGCGCGGUGCAAGGUGCCCAAUAUGCGGGACUGAACCACGAAGACUAUGAUUCCAUCAUUUGUCCCGAAGUGGGGCAGAUCAGGAUCCGUUGUUUUGAUGGUGAAACGGAAGUCAUCGAUGGGGAGUGCUUGUAUGGUUGUGGCAGUGGUUCCGUACCAGAUCCCAAUGGAGUGCCACUGCAACAUCCAGCAUUUCCACAUGAUACCAGGGUGAAUGGUACAUGUAGUCAAGAUGGAGUUGGCCAAGUCGAAUUGCACUGCAACAACACUGUCGUUUCGCUCCUACCAACCAGCAGUGCGUGUGAACGACAUUGUCCUCCACAAUUCACCCUGUCUGACGAUGGCUCCAACAUCAGUACCCCUUACAUCGAGCAUCUGCAAACGGCCUCCGUAGCAUGUCCCAACGACUUGGCAGGGACCUUAGGCCUACGAUGUCAGGACUACGAAACGAUCAUUUUCGACGGCAUUUGUGGAGAUAUGAACUGCCGUGCGGGAGAGGUGACCAGCAACGGUGCCAUCUUGCAGCACGAGGCCAUCAACGACCAGCGGCGAGCUGGGCCUGGACGAUGUGGCGAUGGAUAUCUAGGGGAGCCUGUCUUUGAAUGUAAGGAUGGUGUCACCUCGGUCCUCGUGGUGAAUCUGAUUCGUCAGCCGCGCAUUCCGGGUGUGGACAAUGUGAGCGAAGUUGGCUCGGGGUACAACUUUACGGAGGACGACCGCUUCAUCCUGUGUGGAUGUUGUCUGCCUCCGCCGCCGUUGCCGGAGGUUGCGCCCCUCGAAGGCUUAGACGCCUGGGUGGUUAUCUAUUGGGCAGCAGCCGUGGGAGGUGCUGGGUUCUUGAUUGCCUUUGCUGCCGGCUACUGGAUACAUCACAAGCAUAAGAAUAAGAAGAUCAGCAAGGUGACUCCUGAACCGAAGAUGGACCACAUGGUACUUCCGGAGGAUCAACUGGCUUUGCCGGAUGAUGACUAUGGAAACAACCAUCAGCUGGCCAUCAAGGAACCAGCGGCUCCGGAAAGCCUCCGGGACGCCCGGGACGACGUUGGCAGGAUGGCUUCUGCGACGCCCCCGGCCUCCAUGGCGCCUUCGGCUUCGGGCACCAAAAACACGCCCAUGCCGCAGAUGCUGAAGCCCAGACGCGAGGGGACCAACAAGGACUGGCAGUAUUGGUGAGACCGACUGGUUCCCAAAUGGGAUGAGUUUCACGACAAUGCGCGCGACUCACGGGAAGGUCCUGAAAGGAUUCCAACGUGUGUCAAGCCAGAAGGGUGGCUAGGAUGAUGCCACUUAUGAGUGAGUGAAUGUCAUUGAUAUGUG